AUGGCAACCAACACUACUAACACAUCCGCUUCCUCACACCAAGUGGUUGAAAAUUCCUAUUUCGGCUCCAACCCACCUCCUAAAGCGUUACCACAACACGUUGCCGCCGCUGAGUCAUUUAUAAAUCAACAUGCGGCAGCGAAUAGGCGUGUCGUCCUUGUCACCUCCGGCGGAACUACCGUGCCGCUAGAGAAGCAAACUGUGCGCUUCAUCGACAACUUUAGUGCUGGUACGCGAGGCGCCACAUCCGCAGAGUAUUUCCUAGAGUCAGGGUAUGCGGUGAUCUUCUUACACCGGCAAUUCAGUCUCUUGCCUUACAGUAGGCAUUAUAGCCACUCAACGGACUGCUUUUUGGAUUUCCUACAUGAGAACCCGGAUGGAAGCGUCGUCGCAAACCCGGCACACCAGGAGAAGAUGCUUCGCGUUCUGCGUAAAUAUAAUAAUGCUAAGCGACAGAAUCUCCUGCUCAUGUUGCCGUUUGUCACGAUUAUCGACUACCUACACGAGCUAAGGGCUGUAGCACAGCUUAUGCGCCCCCUAGGACCCAAUGGAUUGUUAUACCUUGCCGCUGCAGUGAGCGAUUUCUUCGUACCACCGGAGCGCAUGUCAGAACACAAAAUACAGAGCACAGACGCUACCGAUUCAUUGAAGAAACAGGGACCGACGACCGUUACACAAGAGCCACGGGAAACUCCGCAGCAAGAGGAAGAGGCGUUCGACAAUUUUGACUCAUCGCCUGCUAUACCGCGGAGUAAACGUCUUAUUGUCGAUCUAGACCCCGUGCCCAAGUUCCUUAAGAAUCUUGUAGACGGCUGGGCACCCGAAGGCAUGAUCGUCUCGUUCAAGUUAGAGACGGAUCCGGCGAUCCUCGUCCAUAAAGCUAAGUACUCGCUCGAGCGGUACCAACACCAUCUCGUCAUCGGGAAUUUAUUGUCAACACGCAAAUGGGAGGUCGUUUUCGUUACGCCUGGUAACCAGGACAAAUGGAUUCGCGUGCCGAUCAACCGUCGCAAGAAGACCCUUAGCGGCAUCGAGGAGCUUAUUGGUGCUGCGGACCAGAAGAAUGAGAGUGGUGAAAAUAAGCCGCUAGAUCCAUCGAUGCUUCCAGAGGGCGAGCCCGAGUUGGAGAUCGAGAGUUUAAUCAUACCCGCUGUUGAAGAACUGCAUUCGCAGCAUAUUAAGUCGGCCGCUACGAAAAGUGGAUCAAAAUAG